CAGACUCUUCAGUACUUUCUCCAGCUGCACAGGAGAAGCAGUAGAGUGGGAGAGGAUCGUCGCUCUCUUUUUCUUUAUAAGUGUUCAGUAAGGCGAGGGAGAAUAUGAAGUUGAAUUCCUAGAACACAUCGACAUAUAUCAAGGACACACCGGCAGACAGGCUGUUGCUGCUGACAUCAUGAAGCUGGUAGUGGCUGUGGUGUUGCUGUGUGUCGCAGUGUCUGCUAGGAUGCCCUACGUGCUGCCUGACGGCUUCCAGAACAUCCUGAAAGGGCGCCCUCUCGCCACCACCUUCUCCUGCCACAAUCGCGCCUAUGGUUACUAUGCCGACGUAGACAACGAAUGUGUUGUUUUCCACGUCUGUCAGCCAAUCACUGGCAUUGCUGGGGAGGUGCUGGAGGUAGCUCACUUCUCCUUCAUCUGUGGCCAGGGUAGUAUCUUCAGUCAGAAGUCCCUCACCUGCGCAUUCCCCAGCGAGGCCUUUCCCUGCUCCGAGGCUCCGACCCUCUACAGUUUCUCCAACGAUGGUAUUGGAGACGAUCCAGACAAUGGUGUUGACAUUAUUGACAUAGUCGACGUCCGUAAUGUUCCAAUUUGAGUUGAAUUCGAUGGCAUCGAAGCCAAAGCUUCAUAUUUUAAAAGGUAAUCUUAAAUGUUAUCUAAAAUAAAAUGUAUUUUAACUAUA